AUGCAACAACAUGAAUUGUUAGAUCCACCAUCUGAUGCUAUUUCAUCAGUUGUAUUUAGUCCUACCACUUCAACUCACUUACUAGUAUCUUCUUGGGAUAAGACUGUAAAAUUAUAUGAUGCUGUGGAAAACUUACUUCGAGGUUCAUAUAAUCACAAUGCAGCAGUUCUUGAUUGUUGCUUUUCUGAUGGUUCUCAUAUAUACAGUGCCGGUUUAGAUCAUUGCAUUAAAAGUUUUGAUAUAAACACACACAAUGAAUUCAUAGUGGGAACACACGAUAAAGCAGUGAAAUGUGUAGAAUAUAAUAUAGAAAACAAUAUUAUUGUGAGCGGUUCUUGGGAUCAAACUAUUCGAUUAUGGGAUAUUCGUAAUAAGGAUGCACAAACCGGGAAAUAUCAUAUGGGUGACGGUUCGAAAGUCUUUGCGUUUUCAUUAGUAUCUUUUCAAUUGGUUGUAGCCACUGCUGGAAGACAAUUUUUUAUUUAUGAUAUAAGAAAUAUGUCCGAACCACUUCAAAAACGUGAAAGUAGUUUGAAGUUUAUGACCCGAUGUGUAAAAUGUAUGCCUAAUCGAGAAGGAUAUGCAUGCAGUUCAAUCGAAGGACGCGUGGCUGUCGAAUUUUUUGAUCCUUCCAGUGAAACACAAUCGCGCAAAUACGCUUUUAAAUGUCAUAGACGAGUUGUUGAUGGCAUCGACACCGUUUAUCCUGUUAAUGCGUUAGCAUUUCAUCCCUCGCACGGUACAUUUGCUUCAGGAGGAGCGGAUGGUGUCGUGAAUAUAUGGGAUGGAUUCAAUAAAAAACGAUUACGACAAUAUCCACAAUAUCCAACUAGUAUUGCAAGUUUAGAUUUUAAUAAAGAUGGAACAUAUUUGGCAAUAGCUAGUAGUUAUACAUUUGAAGAAGGUGAAAAAGAUCAUCCACCAGAUUCAGUUUACAUAAGACAAAUUGUAAAGUUGGUGCCUGCUUGGGGUAACCGUGUUAGCCGUAUCCCACUUACGCGUGGAAACAGUGUUUAUCUCGUAAUAAUACUUUUUUUAACCGAAAACGAGAACUUACUGAAUUUACGGGAAGUUUUGAGUAGCCCUCGUCCAAGAAUUCACGUCCUUUUAGGACCUCCCAACUCUGGGAAAACCAUUUUGGUUCAACAAGUAGCCGAUAAGCUUCCUUUUAAACCCUUAUUCUUUGACUGCCGUGGAGGAAUUUUUAGUACACCAACAAAUAUGUACUAUGCAAUUAUCAACCAAUUUUAUCCAUAUUUUAAACAAUUAUCAAUAUCUUCUCCAAGUAUUAAGGUUGAUACACGCAAUAUAUUCAAGCGAAAAUCUGAAAUCAACGCUCAAGAUGUUAUUGGGUUACUUCGUAGAAUUUCUGACCCACUUUUAAAAUGGGCUCAAUGUGAAAGACAACCCGCACCCAUUUUGAUAAUUGAUGAGGCAAACAUGCUCAAACUUCUUGGUGACAAUUCAGAACUCGCUCUUAAGUCACUUCUUACCUGGUUAGUAAAAGAUUCAAUACAAGAUCAACAUUCUAAAAUUAGUAGUGAACUUAAAGGCAAAUUUGACUAUGUAUCCAAAGUCACUGGUACACAAUUUUCAAUGUUUGAACAAGAAUAUAAUCGAUUAAAAUCCGGUCUUGAAUAUGAAAGACCUAAAAAAAGUCAUAAACUUGAAGAAAAGCCUCAUACCCCACCACCACUCUGGGAGGGAGACGAUCUUCGUGAAACCAUGACACAAUUUGUAGAAAAAAGUAAUGAAUUCAUUUUUACGAAUGAUUUAGUUUUAGAAAUUGGGGAAGAUAAAGUCAAAUCACUUCUUGAACAUAAUUUUUUACAUCUUCGACCAACUCAGAGAUUCGCAUAUUGA